CCCCCCAGGCGCUCGCUCUCUCUCACAAGCCGAUAGAGAGGGACUCUUCGAAUUCUCUCACUCCCAACUCUCAGUGGCUCUGCUAAACCCUAGACGAAGCUCGUUCCGCAGCUCUCACACCUUGCAGAUCAUAUUUAUUCAAGUGAACAAUGGAGGAUGUAGCUGGCCCUGGAAAUGCCGGUGGGGACCCACAUUCGUCCCCACCUUCUCCGACCAUACCCCCUAAUUUGAAGCCAGAACUAGUGGCUCCUCCGAAAUAUUCUAUUAUGAGUAGGUGUGGGACUGGAACUACUGGACAAACGAUACCGUUGCUUGCAAACCACUUUAAAGUUUCUGUGAAUGUUCCAGAUGCUGUAUUUUACCAGUAUUUUGUUCGUAUUACUUCAGAAGAUAAGAUAGCUGUUGAAGGCAAGGGAAUUGGGAGAAAACUGAUUGACAGGCUUUAUCAAACAUACUCUUCAGAACUUGGUGGUAAAAAGUUUGCAUAUGAUGGGGACAAAGCUCUGUACACACUGGGUCCUCUGCCACAGAGAAGGCUUGAGUUUUCUGUUGUGCUGGAGGAGACAUUUGCAAAGCAUGAAAAUGGGAGCCCCCUGGCUGACAAACGGUCAAGACGUUCUUUUCGGUCAAAAACUUUCAACGUAGAAAUAAGCUAUGCUGCCGAAAUACCUCUGAAGUCAAUUGCUCUUGCCCUGAGAGGAGUGGAUAUAGAUAAUACUCAGGAUGCAUUGAAAGUGCUUGAUAUCAUUCUGCGGCAGCAAGCAGCUAACACGGGGUGUCUUCUAGUACGACAAUCAUUCUUUCAUGAUGACUCCAGAAACUUUGUUGAUGUUGGAGCAGGUGUAAAGGGUGUUCGGGGAUUUCAUUCCAGUUUCCGUCCAACACAGGGUGGCUUGUCCUUGAAUAUGGAUGUAUCUACAACGAUGAUCCUAACGCCUGGACCUGUCAUUGAUUUUCUGAUAACCAACCAGGAUGUACGAGAAGCUCGCUACAUUGAUUGGGUUAAGGCCAAGAAAAUGCUGAAAAAUAUGAGGAUUAACGCAAGGCACCGUAACAUGGAAUUCAAAGUAAUAGGCUUAAGUGAGAAGCCCUGUAAUCAACAAUAUUUCCCUAUGAAGUUAAAAAGUGGCAAUGGCACAACUGAGGGUCAGACUGUGGAGAUUACUGUGUAUGAGUAUUUUACUAAGCACUGUGGUGUAGAACUCACCUCUUCCCAAUACAUGCCAUGCCUUGAUGUUGGCAAGCCAAAAAGGCCCAACUAUCUGCCACUGGAGCUCUGUUCGCUUGUUUCACUACAACGGUAUACAAAGGCUUUAUCUUCAAUGCAGAGGGCAUCCUUAGUUGAAAAAUCAAGGCAGAAGCCUCAUGAAAGAAUACGAACUGUGACUGAUGCAGUGAAAAAAUACCAGUAUGAUGAUGAUCCUAUGCUUGCUACAUGUGGUAUUUCUAUAGAGAAGCAAUUGACUCAGGUCAAUGGCCGUGUUCUCGAGACUCCAAAGUUAAAGGUUGGUAACAGUGACGACUGCAUCCCUCAUAAGGGACGAUGGAAUUUCAACAAUAAGACACUUUUCAACCCUACUCGCAUUGACCGUUGGCUUGUUGUCAACUUCUCUGCACGCUGUGAUACCAGUCAUAUCUCACGGGAACUUAUCAACUGUGGGAGGAAGAAGGGCAUUUUUAUUGAGCGUCCCUUUACAUUACUUGAAGAAGAUCCACAAUGUAGAAGACAAAGCCCUGUAGCAAGAGUUGAAAAGAUGUUCGAACAGAUUCUAGCUAAGCUUCCAGGGGAACCUCAAUUCAUUCUUUGUGUCUUACCAGAGAAAAAAAAUUGUGAUAUAUAUGGACCUUGGAAGAAAAAAAGUCUUAGUGAGUUCGGGAUUGUCACACAAUGCAUUUCCCCUUCCAAGAUUAAUGAUCAGUACCUGACAAAUGUUCUUCUUAAGAUCAAUUCUAAGCUUGGAGGAAUAAAUUCUUUGUUGGCAAUAGAACACUCCUCAUGUGUUCCUCUGGUUAAUGAUACUCCUACAAUGAUUCUGGGGAUGGAUGUCUCUCAUGGGUCUCCUGGUCGCUCAGAUAUUCCUUCUGUUGCUGCGGUUGUUGGCUCUCGAAGCUGGCCACUUAUUUCAAGGUACAGAGCAGCUGUUAGAACACAAUCUCCUAAGCUAGAGAUGAUCGAUGCUCUGUACAAGCCACUUGAAAAUGGAACUGAUGCUGGUAUUAUCAGGGAACUGCUUGUGGACUUCUAUAAAACAAGCAACGGACGUAAACCAACUCAGAUUAUUGUCUUCAGGGACGGAGUCAGCGAAUCACAAUUUAAUCAAGUCUUGAACAUCGAGCUGGACCAAAUCAUAAAGGCUUACCAGCACCUUGGGGAGGUUGAUGUUCCAAAGUUUACUGUGAUUGUUGCUCAGAAAAAUCAUCACACGAAGCUAUUUCAAACCGGGGGUUCCACUGAUAAUGUUCCACCUGGGACAGUUGUGGACACAAAUAUUGUGCAUCCAAGGAAUUAUGAUUUCUACAUGUGUGCUCAUGCAGGAAUGAUUGGAACUUCGCGGCCAGCACACUAUCAUGUCCUGGUUGAUGAGAUUGGAUUUUCUCCUGAUGGCUUGCAAAACCUAAUCCACUCCCUUUCUUACGUGUACCAAAGGAGUACAACUGCAAUCUCCAUUGUGGCGCCCAUAUGUUAUGCCCACCUUGCUGCUGCACAAGUGGGGCAGUUUAUGAAGUUUGAAGAUCUCUCAGAAACCUCAUCAGGGAACGGCAGUGUCACUUCAGCUGAGAGUAUCCCAUUUCCAGAGCUCCCUAAGUUGCAUAAGAAUGUCCAGGGUUCCAUGUUCUUCUGUUGAGUUGCUGCUGCUAGCUUCCCUUGUGAAUAAUGCUAAUAUGAUUUUAGCCUUUUGACUCUAUAAUUAAUCUAGCGGUAUAAGGGUAUACAAGUAGGAAAGUCAAUCCCGGCUUACUCUUAGGUAGGGCGGAGAGAUAGGUGUACAGGCAGAUUAGCAACCUCUUAGUCUAGUUUGUAGACAAGUUUUGAGGCUUUAUAUGUUGCAGGAUGAUAUUAUUGAGGUAUGCUGAAUUCAA